AUGGAUCUGUCAAGGGGCAAAGUCAUAAUCGAUAAAGAUAUCAACGAAUACACAAUAGACGAAAACGUAUUUUUCUUCGAGCCAAAGAAGGAAGACGUAUACGACGAAAACGCAAAUCUGAGGUACAUCUUCCACAACACAUUCAUAAGCACAGAUGAAGAAAUUGCAAUAAGUGAAUUCAAAAAGUACUGUAAAAAUAAAUCGUUAAAAAUAAAUAAAGCAUUUUUCGAAAAUGAAUGCUUGCGUUAUUUGUACUCAGCGCAAUUCGAUUUUGCAAAAGCGUUAGACCUGAUUAAGAAUAACUAUGAAUUCAGACUGUCCAACAUUCUCCCCAUAAAAGAAAAAGACGUUAUAAAUUACAUUAACAAAGGAGUCAUAUACUGGCAUGGAAGAGAUAAAAAAUGUAGACCCAUUCUGAUAAUCAAUUUAUUGAAUAUCGAAUCGUUAGAUGUUGAAAGAUUAACAAAUUUAUUUUUUUUUUGUUUCGAAUUCUUUUUAAAAUAUUUAUGUAUACCUGGCAAGAUAGAAAAUUAUAUAUCUCUUGUUGACUGUUCUGGGAUUUCUUUGUCUAAAUUUCCCAUGUCUACAUUUAUGAAAUUGUUGGAGAUUAUGAAUUCAAAAUAUCGAUGCAGAUUAUUUCGGAUGUACAUAAUUGAUGCCCCGAAGAUUUUCAAAACUUUUGGGAAGUCCUUUUUAAAUUUCGCUCCGUCCUACAUGACGAAGAAGCUAAAGAUUUUGGACACCAACUAUGCGUAUUAUUUGAGGGAGGAAAUUUUAGACACUCAACUGGAGAGGAGGUACGGGGGAGUGCGGGAGAUCCGGGACAGCGUCUUUUACCCCUUCGCCUUUUACCCCAACUGUUGUGCCACGGGGGGAGCGGCUGGAGAGGAUGAAGCGGCGGCGCUGGAGGUAGAAGUCGACUCUGUGAGUGCCGGCGAAAAGGACCCCCCCCUCGGACCCGGUUUCCAACAAAUGAGCGACAAAGCGCGCGACUUCUUAACGUCAGGCUAUUCAAUGCACCUGAAAUUGGAGGAUCGAACUCACAAGGAAUCGAUGAGAAAGCAUUAUGCCCCCCCCGCGCCGGGAGACGGCCACGGCAGGAGCAGAUUUAAAAGGAGCGGCAGCAACAAUAGCAGCACGAAGCACCUGGUCAGCUACGGCAAUAACAGCAGCACUAGUAGGAGGAAAAAAAAAAAAAAAAAAAUUCUCCAAAACGGAUCAGUUAUUAGAAAGCUGUUUCAUCGAUGCGAUGAUAAAUAA